GUAAUGAAUUAACAUUAGAAGAAGAGACGUUAUUAAAGUUGAUGAUGGAUGGUAGCAAGUAUGAGGUUGAACAACAAGAAGAACAUCAUCAAGCCUUACCUUUAGUCAGAGCUUUAUCCUUAUUACAAGAUAUGAAUCGUUGGACUGUUCAAUUGCUGGGAGCUAAUUUGUUGAGACGUUUGACGAACGAUGUAGCAAAAUCUAAUAAGGCGUGA